AUUUUGAUUCAUAGUUAAUGUGAGAUACUGAGAUUCGUGCACUCUAAACCAAAAUGUGACUAAUCACAAAUUUUUUAAAAGACUUGAGUUGACUUAUUCUCUCACUCUAUUUUCAUUUUCCUUUUAAACACCUUCAAGCUGAGCUAAGUUUUAGUACACCAAUCCCUAUAGCUUCUGCCUCACUCACAGUUUCCCCUGCUUUGUUUGUUUGCAUCAAUGAAUAAAAUAGUGCUGCAAGUGGAAAUACAUGAUGACAAAACAAAGAAAAAAGCUAUGAAAGCAAUCUCUAAUAUUUCAGGGGUUGAGUCAGUGUCUUUGGAUAUAAAGGAACAUAAAUUAACCUUAACUGGAGACAUAGAUCCUGUGGCUGUAGUUGGAAAGUUAAGGAAAUUGUGUUGUCCUAAGAUAUUAUCUGUUGGACCAGCAAAAGAGGCUAAGAAAGAAGAGAAGAAAAAGAAGGGUACAGAAGAGAAAAAGGAUCAAAAUAAUAAGAACUCAGAAGCUGGUGUUGUGAAGAUUUGUGAAGCUUAUCAUUAUCCUAUCAUGAUGAAACAACCACAUUACUACUAUACUAGUGUGGAAGAGAAUCCUAGUGCAUGUGUCAUUUGCUAAGUUUCAGAAUAAUUUGAAAGGAAAAAAAAGUGCAUUGUUUUUAGUGUGUUUUUCUUCUUCUUAUUCUUCUUUCCACAAGAGUUUUCUUGAGAAUUGGAGUUAUGCUGUAAUUGUGUGUGGCGCAUAUGUAGAUUUGGACCGUUCAAUCUCAAAUCAUUUGUUGAGAUUAUUUAUAAUUCAUUUACCGAUUAUGCAAUA